UUGUUUUUACUUUCCAUUGUGUGUUUUUGUUUUUUACUUUUCAUUGCAGUUACACAAUUAGACUCUUGCAUACGUCUCUGCAUAUCAGCGGAGUUGUGUCAUAUAUAUUAUAUAAUUUUAAUAUACCAUCUUUCCCAAGUUGAUAUUCAGAUAUGUUCUACACUCAAACUGCUUUUAAAGAAGCAUUUGUUUUAUCUUUCGGAUAUUUCAUCUUUAUUUUACAUUUCGUCCAAGGAUGGUAGGUAAUGUGUGCUAAAUGUCAAUUUAACCUGAAGGUAGUAAAAGAAUUACUGUGAUUUGUAUCUUUAAAAAUAUAGACAGGAAAGAAAGUGAAGAAAAAAAGCCAAAGAAAAACCACUUGGUAAUUAGCUAAGUAGGAAAUUAAUUUCAUACUUUCAGCCAUUCACACUUAUUCUUUCUUUUUGGUGAGAACAAAGCAUUCAAACUUAAUUUCUAGAACACUGAAAUUACACAUCAACAUCCAAACAACUACGCCUUUCACUGUGGAAGUUGGUUCUACCCAAUUAUAUCUCACACGGUUUUCCGUGAUUUUAUCCUUACCACCCUAACUAUCAUCCCAGACAUUGAGAACUGUAUUAAUAUGUUUAAAUCGCUCUCGAACCACUGGAUUCAGCGCAUGCCUUCGCCCAAAACACGAACUAACAAUGCUUACAAACGAAAAAUGCUAAUACCUUUUCCACUGGACCACUGAUAUUUCUGUCAUAUAAUCAUAGCAUGUAUUAAUGAAAGACCAAUAAUGGAUAUCGUCAUAACGUCCUGCAUGUUCACAAGACAGAUGUAUUGUACGAACAGUUGUUGUAAAGUUGAAAGGAUGGAGUCUCAGUAUUAUUACAAUAAAUGAAUUUCACGGAUGUAAUAUUCUCAAUGGAUUAUAAUUAUGAUAAUAUCGAAGACAGAAAGAAGAAAUAAAACCGAUAAUAAUAGAAAUGCGAAAUACUAAGGAGGGAAAUACUGUGAAAUAAUAACAAUGACAAUGAUAAGAAAUCGGUCAAUAUUAUGUAGUUUAGCUCUUCUCUUCUCUCUCUCUCUCUCUCUUCUCCUCCCCUCUUUUCACUCUCUCUCACUGUUUAGACAUAAAUAGUAAACACACAUACAUCACACACACACACACAUACUAUAUAUAUAUAUAUAUAUAUAUAUAUUCUUUUUCGAAAUGGUGGAUCUCGAAGCAAAUAAAGCUGUAAAUAAUAGAGUAUAGAUAUUGGGUUACAUAUACACUGAUAGUGUUUAAUUCUUCUUCUGCAUCUCAAUACUAUUUUCUGCCAAUUAUUACGGAUGUAUCACUAAAAACUAAAAAAAAAAAAGCAAAACUAAAAAGGAAUUAAAAAAAAAAUCAACGGCAACAAGGAAAAUACAAGAACUAUUCAAUAUAGGACAACUGUAAAAGUGUCCUAUAUAUAAAUUGAGGAGAACAACAAUUGCUAUGAGGCCAGGGUUAAAAUGGACGACUGGCAGUCGACUUUGUUCGGUGAUAUCUACAGCCCGGGUAUGUAUCCUGUUACUGCUUCACUGUUUGUUGUACAAGAUAUACAAUCAACUUUACUGGUUACACAGCUUUACUCCUUUCUAUAUAUUCACGAAGAGAUAUAGAAAUCUUAAUGCUCAGAACAGCCUUGGUGUCCAACUUUACCAACCAAGCUUUCACCAAUUACUCAAAGACAUUCUAUCAUCCGAAAAGCAACGAAAGGUAAAUCUACUGAUUUGGAUCUCGAAUGUUCUUCCACAAUUUCAAGUGACCAAUUUCCACACGAGCUGGAACGAUGGAAUUGUCCUAUGCGCUCUUCUAAACGCCGUCUGCCCGGGUUUAUGUCCACACUUUACCUUCCUACAGCCUCACAACCGUGUCAAUAACUGUCGUCUGGGACUACAGUUGGCAAACGACCAUUUAAAUAUACCUACGUCGUUGAUUGCACCGGAAGAAAUCGCCAUAGCAAACAAUGACAGCACUGCGAACAAAAUAUUUCGAUUAGCUUACAUGAUUAAACUUACAGCACAGCAACAAAAAUGGAUAAGUUUUAAUGAUUGCAAUGACAUCCCGGAAAAUCCCACCGAUCUCUCUAGCAGCUCAUUAGUUAUCAGUGGUUCUGGUUACAAACAUGCAACGGUCGGAAGAAAAUCUCAGUUUACUAUUUCAAGCCUGCAGAAAUUUCCAACGUAUUUGAAAAUUAAUAUCCUUGGGCCGAAUGCCUCAGAUAGUUUUCCUCAGAAAUUGCUCAGAUCAACCAUUACUGACCUACAGACUGAUCUGAAUCGUCAAGAAACUAAGACAUUGUCAUUUAGUAAUCCCAUUCUUGAUUAUCACAGUGAUGGAAUAUUUGAGAUAGAUAAUAAUGGCUUAGAAAUAAUUCCUUACGAUUACAAACUGUCGAUGAACGGUACAUCUUUGGUUAGUUAUAUACCUCGUAAAACGGGUGUCCACUAUAUAAGUGUUCAGCGUCAUGAUACUGAUAUCGAUGGGAGUCCGUUUCGAGUGAUAGUUAGCCAUCCUAUUUCAUCUAAUCCAAAUUCAAAAGCAUUGCUUCUGAAAAGUCUUUCUAUUGAUACACCCGCUCUUUGGGCCAAUAAUAGGCAAGUGAAAGUGAAGAAAUUACGAGUGAUUCGCAGAACUGUAUUGCCGAAUAAAAUCAAAGAAAAUAACGAUAUAUGUGAUAUUUCGAAGAGCUCCACAGAUGUUAACAAUACUGACAAAGACGUAUCCAGUGAUUCAUCACAUCUCUUUGCAGAUACCAAUUCAGUGACAUCACAAGGUGGUCUUGCAUCAAUAUCAGUAGCUUCAAAUCCUUCAUCAGAAAGUAUAGUAGUAGACGGUUCGCCUGGCAUAAAUACAUCAACUGACACAACAUAUACAAACAGUAGCUCCUCAAGUGAUACAACCAGUACAACACCGGUUGAGAACAUUCAGCCUAAUUAUUUACUAAACCCUGGAGACUCACCAAACGAAUUUUACACACCUUCUGCGUCUCCAAGAUAUCUCAGUAAUGACAGGGAAACAGAUUCCUCUGAAAGUGAAGACGAUUCGACAUACUAUGAGUCAAAAGACUCGGAUGAACCAGCACAAGGGUUGAUAUUUCCUGAAAGAAUGCAAUCGUGUUUGAAUGCAGAGAGAGUCAGCAAAAUUAGUAUCGGUUCUGCGAGCAGUGCUUUUAACAAAGUUAUCACUCAGAAAAGACGGUCAUCACCUUAUUCAGAAAAAUCUUCUAAAUUCUCUCAUGUAGAUGGCAACCUCCGUACAACAGAAAAUAUUGAGGAACACUGUUCUUCGGAAAACAAUCACUGUAAAAUAAAUUUAGCAGACAGAGGCCGAUACCGUAGAUCCUUCAGCUACAAUUCAAGCUUACAACAUACUUCACCGAAAUCUUUAAAAAAUGAAAGAUCCAUGGAAGUCUUUAAUUGGUUAGACAAUAUAAAUUCCCCAAGUUCUGACGAAUCGCAUCACAGCAGAAAAUAUUUAUUGCAACAACCAAUAUCUCCACUUUGCAAAAAUAUUCAAAUGAAUGAAAAACUUAUCAAAGACGAUGGCUUUAAUUCAAGUCUUGAAUGCUCGUUUUGCAGUUUAUACAAUGAUGAGAAAGAAACAUUUGGUUUUGACUCCCUUCAGAAUGAGAGUAAGACUAGAUCACUGAGGAAGAAUAAAACAUUUUCCGUUCAUACACCUACAUUUCCGAGGCUUCCUUUAGAAAACAUGGAAGUUCCUAGAUGGAAAAAUACCUCAACAAGCUGUGAAUGUCCUAAUUCGUUGUCUCCACAUGAAACAUUUCAUGAAGACUGUCGAAGCCCGCCAUUUAUAUGGCAACAGCAGAGUCGAUGUAAAAAAUGUAUAGAUGCAUUAAAUGGCAAACAAACAGGUGUUGGAUGUCCAUUCUAUCACCAUGAUGAAAGUAAAUGUAAUGGAGAAAAUCCAAAUAAAUGUUUUCGUAAUAGUUCUGGAUGCCUUCCAUCUUGUGGAAUACAUUCUAGGAUUGCUUCUGAUCCACACUACUGCAGUCACAUGUCAAAUAAAUCUAAUUCGUCUUCUACCUCAACGGAGAGACAGGGAGAUGAAGGUAAGAUUUUUAAAUCGGAGGUUAAAAUUUUCCUCAAAAACCCGCGGAACAAGCACAAUUUACGAGUAAAUUAUGACGGCAAGUGUCAAAAUAAAAACAGUUCCAAAUGUGAAAAUAGUCUGACGGUGAAGAAACGUAAGUUAUUAGUGUUACAUAAUUACAAUGUCGAUGAUAAAAAGGAAGCUUUGAAUAGUACAGUUGAUAGCAAUGCUCUCGCAAAUUCGAACAAAGAAGUCCCCACUAUUAUUCUCGAGAAACAUACAAUCCCUAACGAAAAAGAAAAUAUAGGAACAGCAGAAGAUACGAGUCAAUGCUAUGUUCAGAACUGGUUAAGAAAAUCGGCCAAAGUUCCAGUGCGUCAAUUCACAAUAGAAACCAAUGACAGUGGUAUUGCUAUAAAUUCUAGAUCUCCUUCCCCACAAAGAACUCAAGAAUUUAAUGAAAGGAGAACUAUGAAAAGAAAAAGCGUUUGUGAUGUUACAACAACACCUUUUACAAAAUAUUCAGACUUUCAGAAGAAAGAAUCUGACCAUUUUAAACGCACAGAACACUUCGUAGAAAAAUCGUCUGCUAAACAUCUCCAUGACUUUAACAUAAAUGAAUAUGACAGCUUUCAACAGUUCAAACCUAACGAGAUGGAAAUGCAUCGAGAAAAUUUCGAAAAAAAUUCAGUGAAAUAUAUGACACCAGAAAUCUUCGGAGAUUUGGAGGAAUUUCUUUCUAGUGAACUGUAUAAUGGGGCUUUGCUGCAAGCAAUUUUAAAUCCUAAUGAAAUAGACAAAAACUCCCUUGUGAAUAAUGGCAAUACAUAUAACAGAGUGGAUGACUCAGUUCGUCAGAAAUAUUUAACUGUUCCUUAUGACUACCGGAAACGGGAUGAUAGAAGUGACAUUUAUUCUAGUGAUUUCUCCCCUGAAACGAGUGAACAGACACCUUUCGAAAAACUUCAUUCUGGACACAGAUGGUCUGAAAUUUCAGAAAAAUCAGGAUUAUAUUGGGAUAAUACAUUAGAAAGACGGAAGAGUGACAUUCCACAAGUUGGACUAUGUCAGAACCAUUACAGUGACUGUCAUACAAGUAAUCAACCAUCAGGUUUAUAUAGGGGAUCUUUUGCACGUCAGUACCAAUCUUAUCCUCACGGUCUCAACGAACUACCACUAACUGAUACCGAAGAAGAAUUACAUAUCAACGAAAGUUUUGGUAACCAGACAUUUACGUCAGUGUCUAACCCAGCAGAACAAAAUAUGUAUUUCCAAUACUUUGAGAGAUCAGAUGCUACGAAUGUAUCAUCUUUGGCAGACAUUGAGGAAUUAGCUUCAAUUGGUGAACCAGCACUGGAUGAGCUGCCUAAAUGUCCCGGCUGUAACUGUUGUGCGAAUCGUGUGAAUAGCAGUGAAAAGUUUUAUGAUACUAACAAGAUGAAAACUAGUGAAACACACAUGUUACAUAACGGUUUUGAGGUAGGAAACAUUGAAACAGGAAAUAUUUAUCCUACAAACAGAGGUGUUCAAGAACAAAACGAUUCAUUUCUAGGAGAUUAUACAUUGUCAGACACUUCCCUUCGUCAAUGGUAUAUCAAUGAAUCAGAAUUAAGUCAUUCAAGUGAUUGGCCACCAAGCAGCAUUUCUAUGCCGACUCAUGAAUUACUUCCCCCAAGCAUGGAAUGUCUGUUUAUGUCUCUUCAUAAAGCAAUAGCUGCGACUGAAGAAAGACCCGACAGCGUGUGCUAUGCCCUUGGACCAGGACUUGAAAUUGGUUACGUGAAAACUCUCAAUUUCUUCCAGGUUCGAACCGUAGAAGGUACUGGUCCAUUGACAGUAGGUAUCCAAGGUCCUUGUCCGGCGAACUCUGUUGAAGAAAUCUCUAUAAUUUACACAGACUACUGUACCUAUGACAUCAGCUAUUUCGUCACUAAAACUGGCUGUUACACACUGGACAUUAAAUGGGCAGGUCGUCAUAUCUUUCAGAGUCCUUUUUUCUGCCAAGUUUUGCCAUUGAAGGAGUAAACAGAGUUAAUGGUCUGA